AUGGCUGCUGUCCGGCGGCGCGCGUCCAGACUCGUCAUCCUCACCGGCGUCGCCCUAUUGGUUGUGCUGUUCCACCACCUCAUCCGCUCCUCCUCCUCAUCUUCCUCCUCCUUCUCCUCCUUCUCCCGGGUGCCGCCCCCCGCCGACUUCAUCCCCAGCAGCUUCAACUGGUCCGCCGCCAAACAGUUCUACCCGCCCGACGUCAUCAAGAGCCUCCCCAAGGGCAAGCCUCGCAAGCUGCCCGCCGUCCAGGCCCCGCGCUCCGCCUUCACCAACCCCGACCGCCCCGACCCGCGCCGCGACGACGUCCUCCGCGUCUUCAAGCGAAGCUACAAUGCCUACCGGGAUCAUGCCUGGCUGAGAGACGAGCUCAAGCCCGUCUCGGGCGGCGGGAGGACCAGCUUCGGCGGCUGGGCCGCCACCCUGAUCGACACCCUCGACACCCUCCUCAUCAUGGGCCUCGACGCCGAGUUCCGCGAGGCCAGCAACGCCGUCGCCGCCAUCGACUUCUCCAAGACCCGCGACACCGCCGUCAACCUCUUCGAGAUGACCAUCAGGCACCUCGGCGGCCUCAUCAGCGCGUACGAGCUCAGCGGCGAGGAGAGGAUGCUGCACAAGGCCCUCGAGGUCGGCGAGAUGCUCUACGUCGCCUUCGACACCCCCAACCGCCUCCCGGGCUUCUGGCUCAACUUCGACAACGCCCGCCAGGGCAGGCAGGUUGCCGGUGUCCAUGACCCCGUCGCGUCGCCGGCCUCGCUCUGCCUCGAGUUCACCAGGCUAUCCCAGCUAACGGGUGAUCCAAAGUUUUACGACGCCACGGACCGUGUGACGCGGGUCCUCGAGCGCAUGCAGGAGGACACCGGCAUCCCCGGCCUGUGGCCCGUCUUCGUCGACUUCCAGAACGAGGUCGCGAGGAGCUCCGUCUUCUCCAUCGGCGGCCAGGCCGACUCCCUGUACGAGUACCUCCCCAAGAUGCACGUCCUCCUGGGCGGCGUGGACGAGACCUACAAGAAGAUGUACCUCCGAUCCAUGGAGGUGGUGAAGGAGCAUCUCCUGUUCCGGCCGAUGCUCCCCAACGGCGAGGACAUCCUCUUCGUCGGGGACGCCAGGCUCGGCACGGACAAGAUCAGGCUCAUCCCGGACGGCCAGCACCUCUCCUGCUUCGCCGGCGGCAUGUUUGGCCUGGGGGGCAAGGUCUUCGGUGCCAAGGACUACGUCUCGAUAGGCGAUCGCCUGACGAGGGGCUGCGGCUGGGCGUACAACCAGUUCCCCACGGGGCUCAUGCCUGAGCUCUUCACCAUGCUCCCGUGCGAGACCCUGGACGAGUGCGAGUGGGACGAGCACACCUGGCGCACGCAGGGCGACCAGCAGAUCGGCAAAGGCUGGAAGAGCGUCCGCGAUCCGCGCUACAUCCUGCGCCCCGAGGCUAUUGAGAGCAUUUUCCUCCUGUACCGUAUGACGGGCGAGGAUGAUUUGCGUGAGAUGGCAUGGGAGAUGUUCCAGAGCAUUGUGCGGUCGACGGAGACCAAGCUGGCGUAUUCGGCCAUUAAGAACGUCCGAGUCAAAGGCGAAACCGUCAAGGAAGACUCGAUGGAGAGCUUCUGGAUGGCGGAAACUCUCAAGUACUUUUACUUAAUCUUCUCGCCGCCAGACUUGAUCAGCCUGGAUGACUUUGUACUCAGCACCGAGGCACACCCUUUCAAACGACCAGGUUGA